AUGUGUUCUGCACCGUACGGGCGGAAGAAGCGCCCAAGAUCCGCAGGGAGCAUCUUCCCCAUCAGUAAAGGCGCGCAGCCGGAGCCGGAGCGCCGGGAGAGCACGGAGGGGCCCGCGGACGGCAGCAGGAUGACUGUGCAGGAGUUCAACACGCUGGUGGCUCUGUACCGGGAGCAGGUCAUCUCCGUCGGGGAGAUCUCCGCAGACUGUCCCUCUCUGCGGGCGCAGAUGCACCACACUCGCUCCAAAGGCUGCUCCAUGGCCCGGGCCGCGCACCAGGACCUGGCCGUCAUCUCCGUGUCAGGGCCAGAAGACGGAGAAAUCCACCCGGAGAUCUGCCGACUCUUCAUCCAGCUGCAGUGCUGCCUGGAGAUGUUCAUCACGGAGAUGCUCAAGUCCAUGUGCCUGCUGGGGGUGCUGCAGCUGCACCGAAAAAGAACCGACUCGGAGCCGAAGGUGGACUUCCGGCUGGACGAGAGCUCAGACGUCCCCAUCCUGGAGGACCGGUCCUCGUCUCCCAUCGACUUCCCUCAGGAGCAGUGGCUGGUGGGCACCGACAUAGAGAACAUAGAGAGAGACAUGCGAGAGAUGCGGAACUUACUCAGCAAACUCAGGGAGACGAUGCCGCUGCCGCUGAAAAAUCAAGACGACAGCAGCUUGUUGAAUCUGACUCCACAUCCGAUGGCCCGACAGAGGAAGAGGCGAUUCCCUGGACUCUGCUGCAUGGUGUCGGGCUGA